AUGGAUGAUGAAGAGUUAGAUUUCACAAACCAAGUCUUAAAGAAUAUGGAGCGUCAUUUAUUGAGCAGUUCUGCAAUGGAUAGUUUUUUCGAUGAUACGCCUGCUGAUACUCAUGCACGUACUCAUACCGAUACUUGGAAUCAACCUGAACAAGAACAUACGUCGCAAAAUCUCGAAUUACCUCACUCACCAAGUUAUAUCCAUUUGGGAAAUAAAACGUUUCCCGUGGAUCGAAAAACAACUACUGAGGAAAUAGAUGAAUUUGUUGACAGAACAUCCAAAACACACCCACAUGGUAAUAGAGAAUCGGUUGGUAAGUAUCGCGAGAGAAAGAAAGCCCUGCAAGUUUCAAUGAAGGAUGAGCUUAUCAGAUUGAGAAUCGUAAAUCAGCAGUUGUUAAAAAGGUUGCAGGGACUAGUUGCUCUUGAGCAAGAGGCAGCAAGGUUCAAGUGUCUACUUGUAGAAAUCAGGGGAAGGAUUAAAGGAGAACUUGGAUCAUUUCCUUUUCAGAAACCCGCAACUGGUAACGGUGUCAUCCAUCAAAAUAUGCUCCAGUCCAACUUAGUUGGAUCUUAUGAUGUGAAUCAGUGCGACCACCAAUACGCUGGAUUGGGUAAUAAGAAUGCGGAGGAAGCUGGUGUACUCGGUAAAGGGAAUAACAAUUCAGGAUUUAAGGAAUUUCUGGAAUUUGGACAAGCAAAUGUCAGCACUGUGACUGUGGAUGUUAUCUUUCUUAGUUUUAAUCAUAUUGCUGCACUAUGGAUGUUUACCUAUGUGACUGUGGAUGUUAUCUUUCUUAGUUAUAAUCAUUGGAAUGUAGGUGUAUAUUUAAGCUUUUGA